GAGAGAAGCGCGGGCCCCGCCCAGACCACGCCCACCCGCGCGGGCCCCGCCCAGGCCCGGCGUCUGCUGCGCGCGCAGUUGCCCGCAGACCCGGAAGCGGAUGGCGUGGAGCGACAGUCGCACCGCUGCGCGAUUGACUUCUAAAGAGUCAUAUUAUGUGAGGAAACAGCCCAGAAGAGGAGGAAGAGGAAAGAAAAGGAGUCAGGAAUGGCUCUUACUCAGAGGCCUUUGACAUUCAGGGAUGUGGCCAUAGAAUUCUCUCAGGAGGAGUGGACGUGCCUGGACCUUGCUCAGAAGACUUUAUACAGGGACGUGAUGUUGGAGAAUUACAGGAACCUGGUCUCCCUGGGAAUCUCUCUUUCUGACCUAAAUGUUAUCUCCAUGUUGGAACAAGGGAAUGAGCUCUGGACUGUGGAGAGUGAAGUGAAAACAGCAGGAAACGCAGAUGGAGGGGAAUGGAUCAAGGGUGUGAACUCAGGUAUCUCUUCUAUAUGUAUGACAAAUGAAUUGCCAUUUCCUAAACUGAACAGUAAUACAGGAGAAAUAUCCCAAAUAGUGAUGUUGGAAAGGCACAAAAGCCAUGACAUUGAAGACUUCUGGUUUAGGGAAAUCCAGAAAAAUUUACAAAACUUCGAGUAUCAGUGGCGAGUUGCUGAAAGACGUUACCAAAGAGUCCAUAAGACCCAUGAGGAAGAUCUCACUGGUAGAAGAGAUCAGCAUGAUAGAAGGGAUUCAGGAAACAAGUUUAUUAAAAAUGAGCUUGGAUUAAACAUUCAGUCACAUCUACCAGAACUGCAGCUAUUUCAGGCUGAAGAGAAAAUUUAUGAAUGGAAUCACAUGGAGAACUAUAUCAGCAAUUAUUCCUUGGUUUCCCCACCCCACAGAAUUCCUUCUACUGUCAAACCCCACAUUUCUCAUGAAGAUGAGUAUGAUUUUAUGGAUUCAUUAUUUACACAAAAACAGAAAGCACAGGUAGAGACAGAACAUUACAAAUGUAAUGAGUGUGGUGAAGCCUUUAAUCAAGGCUUACAUUUCACUGUACAUCAAAUAAUCCAUGCAGAAGAGAAGCGAUUUGAAUGUGCUGUAUGUGCCAAAGUCUUCAAUAAAAAAUCAUACCUUGCAAGUCAUCGGAGAAUACAUGCUGGAGAAAAACCUUACAAGUGUAAUGAAUGUGGCAAGGUCUUCAAUACCAUUUCACAUCUUGUACAACAUCGGAGAAUACACACUGGAGAGAAACCUUACAAAUGUAAUGAAUGUGGAAAGGUCUUCAGUCAAAUUGCACACCUUGUACAACAUCGGAGAAUUCACACUGGAGAGAAACCUUACAAAUGUAAUGAAUGUGGAAAGGUAUUCCCUCAAAUUUCACACCUUGCAGAACAUCGGAGAAUUCACAGUGGAGAGAAACCUUACAAAUGUAAUGAAUGUGGGAAGGUGUUCAGUCGUAAUUCAUACCUUGUACAACAUCUGAUAAUCCAUACAGGAGAGAAACCUUACAAAUGUAAAGAAUGUGGAAAGGGAUUCCAUCAGAUUUCACACCUUGCACAGCAUCGGAGAAUUCAUACUGGAGAGAAACCUUACAAAUGUAAUGAAUGUGGGAAGAUGUUCAGUCAUAAGUCAUCUCUAGCAAAUCACUGGAGAAUUCACACUGGAGAGAAACCUCACAAAUGUAAUGAAUGUGGUAAGGUUUUUAAUCAUAUUUCACACCUUGCACGACAUCGGAGAAUUCAUACUGGAGAGAAACCUUACAAAUGUAAUGAAUGUGGCAAGUUCUUCUGUGAUAAGUCAAACUUAGCAAGUCAUUGGAGAAUUCACACUGGAGAGAAACCUUACACAUGUAAUGAAUGUGGUAAAGUAUUCAGUCGCAAUUCACACCUUGUAAAUCAUCACAGAAUUCAUACUGAAGAGAAACCUUAUAAAUGUAAUUAAUGUGUCAACGAUUUCAGUCAAACUUCACACCUGGCAAAAUAUCAGAGAAUUCAUGCCAGAGAGAAACCCUAUAAAUGUAAUGAAUAUGGACAGGUAUUCGAUUACAUUUCACAUCUUGCAUAACAUCAGACAAUACAUACUGGAGAGAAACCUUAUAAAUGUAAUGAAUGUGGCAAGGUAUUCAGUUGCAAUUCAUACCUGGUGCAACAUCUAAUAAUUCAUACUGGUGAAAAAUGUUGUAAAUGUAAUGAAUGUGGCAAAGUCUUUAGUCAAAAAUCCAUAUCUUGUGUAUCAUUGGAGAAUUCCAACUGGACAGAAACCGCAUAAAUGUGUAAUUUAUGUGGAGUGGUCUUCAAUCCAAACUCUUCCUUAUUGUCACAGUGUUCAUACUGGAGAGAAUCCUUACAAAUGUAAUGUGUGGGCAAGUCCUUUAGUGUGCAUUCAAGUCUUACUAAUUAUCAUGUAAUCCAUGCUAGGGAAACCUUUUAAAUAUAAUGGAAUUAAUACGGCAAGGUCUCAGUGACAAUUCAUAGCUUGCACAUCAUCAGAGAUAUGCUGGAGGGAAAUCUUACUAAUGUGGUAAUGUCCGUGGAUGUAAUUAACAAGGGAAGGUAUUUUCUCAGCAUUAAAGUUUUGGAAGGCAUUGGAUAAUUCAUACUAGAAAGAAACGUUGCAAGUGUAAUGAAUGUGGCAAAGCCAUUAGUCAUCAUUUAAGGCUUAACUAACCAUCAGUUAAUUGAUAGCAGAGAGAAGUCUUACAAAUGCAUUGAAUGUGGCAAGCCUUAGGGUAUAAUUUGGACAUCAGGAGUUUCCAAACAAUUCUUGGUGGAGACAAACCUUACAAAUGAGUGCAGCAAAUCUUUUAGUGUACAUUCAGUCCUCACAACACAUCGGAUAACCCAUACGGGAAAGAAACCAUUCAUAUGUAAUGAAUGUGGCAAGGUCUUCUGCCACAAUUCUCAAACAAUCAUGAGUUUUUUGUCAUGAGAGUUUCAUACUGGAUAAAAACAAGGCAAAUGUAGUGAACCUAGAAUGUUCACUAAUCUUAAGAUGCAUCCUCAGGAUUCAUUAAAGAAUUUAUACUCAAAAGAAUGCUUGUAAGUGUAAUGAUAUGUUAAAUUAUUUAACCAAUUCUCACAAUACACUCCACAUUAGAGAGUUGAUACAAAGAAUAAAGAAGUCUAAUUCUUCUUGAUUAACCUUUGGUAUGUACUGCAGAAAAAUUACAAAUCAUACUAUGUUAAAAGUCAUGUCAUAUAUCAAAGGUGAAAGGACAUUUGAAAUAGAUAGUUAUUUUCAGGUUAUAAAAUAUUUUAUGCAAUUACUGUAAAUUUCUUGGAAAGGGUACUUUACUGAAGUUUGGAAUCUGUUUUUAUUAGGCCUUUCUUACAUUGAUUUCCUGAUAUUCUAUAGGAAAGAAUCAAUUAGAGGAAAGGGCCUACUUUUUUAGGUGAGGAUGACUUUUAUUCAUGUUCCUGGAGAUCAAAGAUACUGCCUUUUAAGAUUAAAUGUUCAAUGAGUGAGAGAGCAUUUGGAAGGGGCUACAAAUAAUGUAAACCUAUUAUCAGUCAUGCUCAUUUGCAUUCAGGGCACCCUUCUCCACACAGAGUGCCACUGUGGUAUAUAGGUAAGAAAUGCUCCGAUGAAAUACAGAUAUCCAAUACCAUAGGAGAAUAGAAUUUUUAUUGGAGGAAAGUACUGUUAUCUGGGACUGAUUAUAUAGUGGAAGUAGUCCAGGGGAAAUGGUAGCACCUUCUCCAUUCAAUGGAAAUAGCUAUUGGAUAGCAAGAUUGUUGAAAAAUAGUCUUAUUCUUGAAAUUGAAAGGAGAACAUUUAUCAAAUAGGAGAAUUUACUCAGAAGAACCACAACAGCAUAUUCUUGAUCCUGAAUCAUAUUUAACUGCUGGCGUUAUUUCCUACUGUUUUAUUGAAACUGUAUCAUAGAUUUUAUGUAUUAAUAAAAUUUUAUC